CUGCUUCACCCCAUCUCUGCUCUUCUCACCCACAGAGAAAAUCCAAGAUCUCUGCCUCCCGCAAACUCCUGCUGAAGAGCCUGAUGCUGGCGAAGGCCAAGGAAUGCUGGGACCAGGAGCAGGAGGAGCGCGAGGCGGAGAAGUCCCGCUACCUGGCCGAGCGCGUCCCCAAGUUGGAGACCCGCGGCCUGUCCCUCAGCGCCCUGCAGGACCUGUGCCGGGAGCUGCACGCCAAGGCGGAGACGGUGGACGAGGAGAGAUACGACAUCGAGGCCAAGUGCCUCCACAACACCCGGGAGAUUAAGAACCUGAAGCUGACUGUGCUGGACCAAUGCGGGAAGUUCAAGCGCCCGGCCCUGCGUCGGGUCCGCGUCUCAGCCGACGCCAUGCUGCGCGCCCUGCUGGGCUCCAAGCACAAUGUGUCCAUGGACCUGCGGGCCAACCUGAAGUCGGUGAAGAAGGAGGACUCCGAGAAGGAGCGGCCCGUGGAGGUGGGAGACUGGAGGAAGAACGUGGAGGCCAUGUCCGGGAUGGAGGGCCGGAAAAAGAUGUUUGACGCCGCCAAGGCUCCGGCCCCGCAGUAG